AUGGAACCAGCAGAAGAUGUUUGGAACGACUUCCACGUUUUCCGUGGCAACUCUACGCUUACAGCGGGUUUGCUCUUUAACAAGGUUGGCGAAGGAGAUCUCCAAGCUAAUGUGAGGUGGUUCUGGACGUGGAUUGAUACCCUGCAUACAAGUCUUCUCAAUAAUGAAGACGUCGGUAUCAACCCGUCAGCACAGACUCAGGAUGUGCUAGAACUGCUAAAAAGAUUCUUUCCCCUCCCAACAUCUCCGAAUCAGCAGAGAGAACGCCCUCUGGUCCUCCUGAAUCCAGACAACACCGGAAAACUCCAGUUCGUGGAAGUGACAUUCGGAGAUGGGAACAAGAUCCAGAUUCCUGAUGGCGCCAGCGCUCUGGCUUUCAUCUUCAGCGUCGCUGCGCCCCCCGAUGCUCUCCCUCGAGACUCCAGUGCGGUCCGCAGAUGGAUUAUUCCUCUACUGGCGGCAUUGUCUAGGUGCCUCUAUCUGGCGUACAUAUUCAAUCAGAUCAACGGGACAGACCCUGAACCGACACAGGAAGGCAAUCUCAUGUCGGUUCCCGUCAUGAGCUGCGCAAUGUGGUUCGUCGAAGCAGAGAACAAGCUACCUCGUUACCUGCUGGGGUCUACAUACACCACGGGGUCCAACAUCGAUAUCAAAGCAGUUGCAAGCCUGAAGAGGCGUCGGUUGAUGAAUCUUUGGAGACGUGAAGAGCUCGUCGACCCCCAACUGUCGUCCUUCGCGCCUCCGCGGAAACUACCUCCCGCGAGUGCGAGCCAGUAUUUCACCUCACCUACGCUACAAGCCGAAGCCGAAGAGCUUUUGGCCGCUGCAAUGAGGAGCGAUGUUCUCUCUUCUGCCCCUGCUGUCACAUUGAAUACCUACAUCAAGUCGGUGACUGUCGACCCUCUUCCGGACAAAACACCUUGGUUUACCUUCCCGAAACCGAAGGUAGACAGCGCGACCAAUAAAGCCAAUGCCGCACUGCUACAGAGUUACGCGGCGACCUCCCCACUGCAACCGCCUCCAGAGAUAGGGCCUCUGCAAAGACAGAACAUCUUGAAUAAUGCAGAUCCCGUACUGGAGAGCACUCUUCGCGCCGCAUUGAGCAACGUGCUUCGUAUCGUUUGGGCCGCUCGUGGUGUCCUAGACCCGAACGACGAGGCUGCUCUCAAGGCCGCCUUUUCCGAGGUCUCAGCGGCGUACUUCGUGCCACACUACUACCUUCUCAAACCUGACCUCAAAAACCCUGCCAAGAAGGUAUUGGACUACACGCUCGAAAUCCCGAUCGCUACAAGAGCGGCAGAGGCCAAGAUACUGUUCGAUGGCUUGUGGACAGAGGAUAACAGUAAAAAAAUCAUCAAUAUGGCCUACAGAAUAUACCACUGGGUUAUUGCCGAAGAUGAUGAACUCAAGUUUGCCGGUGGAGGAGUAUCUCGAUGGGGACGCUGCGCCGAAACGUAUCCGGUCUGUGAGCUCCUGCCCAAUGUGACCUCAGAGCGAAAACUCCUUGGUGCCCCUAAUGAAUCUUUAGUCAAAGGGGUCGCAAUGGAGAUUCGGUCCUUCAGUAACCUAGUACCUGCAGCUCCAGCUGUUGGUAUAUUUGCCUUGGAGCAAAGCUUCACUUGGGGUACACUUGCUGAAAUCCAUCGAUGUCGUGAGCAAGGAUUGUUUAGGCUGCCUUGCCAGAAUUGCCAGAUUUUGUUGCCAGAAAUGGAUGUACGUGUGGGCAAGGAUAACUACGACACCGAGCUUUACAAACGGCAGCCAGACUUCCAGGUCGUGUAG